CCCCGCUGCCGUUCUGGCCCGAGCUAAAUUCUGAAGCACGCCGCCGCGAUCACUGAUCUGAGCCAAACCCUCCGAGCCAAUGCAGACCGUCGCGGUGUUCGUGGCCCUCCUGGGCCUGUCUGCGGUGAGCGUCUCGAACGCCUCCAAGUACAGCCCGGGCACGUGCCACUGCGACUGCUGUGCGCCGGUGGACGGGGGCGAGAAGGAGUGCACCGCUCCCGUGGGCUCGCUCCACAGCCAGACCAAGACCGACGUGUGCCUCGCGGUGUUCUGCACGGAGGGCGACACGCUGGGGGCACAGAAGCAGGCGUUCAGCAACUUCUGCAGCUCCAAGUGCUUCCCGGACACCGCGGUCCCGACCACCUGCCGCCCGAAGGACUGCACGGACCAGGGCGUGAACGUGCACUGCGAGUGAGCGCGCCAGCGACAGUGCCCGGUCGGACGGACCGUGGUGCGAGAAAAGGACGCUUCUGCGGGAGGCCCGCUUUCGCGUGGUGGACAUGAUCGCGUUCGGAUGCAAUGCCUAGGAGGUUGCAUUUAACAUCGGCGUGGCGCUGGUACAGCCGCGGUCGACAGCUGUACUGCUCCGGCUUAAUCUGGCUUAUCCAGUUCCGACUCCGUUCAGAUUCACUUAAUCCUAGGCUGAAUCUGGCUUAGAGACCGAUCUUGCUUGGUAGCCUCUUUUCGUUCCCACGAAGCCCUCCGACGUUGCCUCCUUAAUUCUUGACCCUUCGCGUAUCCCCACCCAGCCUACCAGCUUCCGGCAGGUUGCGUCGCACCACGUUCCGCGACAGCUCAGCCCCCCUGGCUAGCACACGUCGUUAGGACGGUGGGAGCCUGGCGCCCCACUGGCGACUCGCUCCUCGGGCCUCGCGCCUGCCCCCACUCAGAAUGACGGACUCGGUUGCCCAGGUGCUCGUCUUGUCACUGUGUGGGUCGUGCCUCAUGGCAGGCAUCGAAUUCCUCGACAUUUUGUCCAGUGCAUGUGCUCGAGCUUCCCAGGAUGCCCCCCGCCGGCAGUCCCCCCACUGCCUCGCGGCUGCUGUGUGAGUGGGCCGGCCGGCUAGUGCGCCUCUUGUAGCUAAUUCGGCUUGCCCGUUGGCCCGGACACCCUGCCCGCCGCCUGCCUCUUCGCUCGCGGCCGC